GCCUGCCUUUAUAUAAGCGGCGGCGGGCCGGGGCGCUCCCGGCGCGGGGCGGCAGCAGCAUGGGCCGGCGGGGCCGCGCCGCGCCCGCGGCGCCACAGCCUACGCGCCCCGGCGCCCCCGGCCGCCCGCCCGGCUCGCGUUCCCGCUCGUGCUAGAGGCGCCGCCCGCCAUGGGCUCCCGCCCGGAGCCGCUGCAGGCGCAGAACUUGGAGGCGGCCAGCGGCAGCCGCGGCCCCGAGUGGCAGGCGCUGCUCGGGCGGGCCGACGCGCUGGCCUUCGGCGGGCGGCUGCACGAGGCGCUGCCGCUGUACCAGCUGGCGUCCCGGCAGCGGCAGCUGCGCGCCGAGCAGCUGGAGAAGCUGGUGGAGUGCCUGGCGCAGGGCGUGCGGCUGAAGGAGGGGCUGCCGGCCGGGAGCGGCGCCCCGCAGCCCCGGGACUGGGACGGCUGCCGCUGCCGCAAGUGCCAGGGGUUUCUCUUCGAGCCCGUCUCGCUGCCCUGCGGACACACCUUCUGCAAAAAGUGCCUGGAGAGGGACCGCGCGGCCGCGACGCGUUGCGUGCUGUGCCGCGAGGAGGGCGGCGGGCGGCUGCCGCGGGUCAACGUCAUCCUCAGCAACCUGCUGGGCAAGUGGUUCCCGCGGCAGGUGCGGGCCUCGCAGCUCCGCCACGAGGGGAACCUGCUCUACCAGGAGAAGAAGCUGCACGCCGCCCUGCAGAAGUACAACGAGGCGCUCAGCUUAGCUCCCAAUGACCACUUACUAUACAGCAACCGGUCCCAGAUUAACUCGACUCUGAAAGCUUGUGAGGAUGCGCUGCACGAUGCUGAGACAGCAUGCAGGCUGCAGCCCUACUGGCUGAAAGGUCACUUAAGGAAAGGCCAGGCAUUGGCUAAUCUAGGGAAAACAGAAGAAGCUUUAAGAGAGUUUCUGUUCUGCCUUGCUCUGGACAUGGGGAACAAGACGGCCAAGUCUGAGGCUCAGAAGCUUCUACUUAGUUUGUUUUCACUCAUCCCGGGAAAUGCUCAGGAACACUUACCCGAUAUCCUGCAGCUGUUGUCACAUCACUCUAGAUUAAAGGGGAACCUCCUAAGUUCAGUGGGAUCUGGAGGCACCAGCCAUGCCCUGCAGAGGUUGCUCAAGGUAAAUGUGGAACAGAAAAAGGGCUUUCCUGUUCAAGAGGAACCAAACGUAACUAAUUCUGGCAACUUAAGAAAGUCCAUGCAAACCACAGAGAGUAGAAAGGACUGCUCAGAGGAGGAGAACAAGCCCACCUCCGUGCCAGAGUCUACCUUCCUUGUGUCUGAGAAGCGUGGCCUCCUGAAAAGGAAGGGCUGCUUGGAGGAGGCAAGGGAUGCAGAAGUGCCCUGCAAGCUCCUGAAGAAAGAUACAGUCGAUACUAAGGGAAGUAGCACUGGGCAACAUACUCCAUUUGAAUCUGUGGAUCCAUCAGAUCUGGAUUGCUCCCUGUGUAUGAGGCUCUUCUAUGAACCUGUCACUACGCCUUGUGGACACACCUUCUGUCUCAAAUGUCUUGAGAGAUGCCUGGAUCACAACCCCAAAUGUCCCCUGUGCAAAGAAGGGCUCUCGGAGUGCUUGGCUAUGAGGAAAUACUGCAAAACAGUACUAAUGGAAGAGUUAAUAGCUAAAUAUCUUCCAGAGGAACUCACUGAAAGAAGAAAGAUUUAUGAAGAGGAAAUAGCAGAGCUUUCCAACCUAAAUAAGAAUGUUCCUAUAUUUGUCUGCACAAUGGCUUAUCCUACAGUCCCAUGUCCGUUGCACAUCUUUGAGCCCUGUUACCGCCUGAUGAUUCGAAGGUGCAUGGAGACUGGCACCAAACAAUUUGGGAUGUGCAUUAGUGACCCUGUGAAGGGGUUUGCAGAUUAUGGCUGCAUUCUGGAGAUAAGAAAUGUUGAAUUCUUUGCUGAUGGUCGCUCUGUUGUAGACAGCAUUGGCAAGAGGAGAUUUAAGGUGAUACAGCACAGCCAACGUGAUGGCUACAACACAGCAGAUAUUGAGUACAUCGAGGAUCAAAAGGUGCAAGGACAAGACUAUGCUGCGCUACUUGUUCUCCAUGAUUCUGUCUAUGAUCAGGCAUAUAUGUGGUUUAAUUCACUCAAGCAAGCACUGAAGAGUAGAAUUCUCAGUCACUUUGGUCCAAUGCCAGCUAAGGAUCCUGACCCACAGGCUAACCCUAACGGGCCAGCCUGGUGCUGGUGGGUCCUAGCUGUCCUUCCACUUGAGAACAGAGCCCAGCUUCCUUUCCUUGCCAUGAAAUCCCUCAAAGACCGCUUGAAUGGCAUCAGACGUGUCCUUACAUUCAUGUCUCGUACAAGAUCACGGUGAUGGUGAGAAGGAGAGCUGUGAAGUCUCCCGCAGUACUUGACUGUAGAGUGUCUCUUGUAACUUCAUCUAACUGCAAUAAUGUCUUACAGAUUUGUGUCAGAAUGUUUCCAGCCUGAAUUUCAAAGAAAACAAGUUAAAAGGAGCAAGGGAUGUUUAUGGUUACUUUAAUAGUUUCCAUUUGGAACUCAGUUUCUGAGAUGAUUAUUCAAUUACUGCACUGCUAAAUUAAUAACAAAUGUGAUAGAACAAAAAGUGAUCUUGUUUGCCAUAAACCUUUUAAAAAGCUUAAGAGGUUUUUUUAAUUUAUUUUUUUUUGUAGUGGGUAAGGGGUGAACUGUGCAGUUUAAUGUGAAGCAGAAUUAAUAAUGUUUAUGCAUUAUUUCAAUGAACUGCGUGAUCUUUUCCAAAUGGUUCAGGUUUUAUAUAGCAUUGUGUAUAACAAUGUUCACGACUUCCGUUUGAUAAUUUAUUUUUGCACUAUGAUUUUUUUUUGUUUCAAAAUGUGUUAUUUAUGUGUUCAUCCUCUAUAGGACAGUGAGCUGCUCUAUUUAUAGUGUUUUUAUCCUGUAUGUACAACUGGGGGGAAAAGUGAUGAUUCUAGCAGUGCACAAAAAACUGCUUUGAUCUUUUUCAGCUAUUUCUGUUCAAAUACUUUGAAUGUUUUUCUAUUUGUCCCCAGUCCUACUGUAGCCUAAGAAGGUUUUUUUCCUCCUGAAACAGCCUGCCGUGAUGUCUUUGAAUACACAGACUGAGAGCUCAUGCACAGUUGUUGGAUCUUGAACUCUCUGCUUGUAACUAGGGCUCUGAUAGCGCAGUGCAGCCAAGCGCAUCCGUAACUGUGAGCGCAGGUGUCAAAGUGCUUGGUGAAGUCAAGCCAUGGAUCAGUUGAUGCCAGUGGGGAUUUGCUGACAGAAGGCUCACCCUCCUAAAAACAAAACUGGAAGUAUUGGUGUUUCAUUGUAGAUGGACGGGUUUUUUUUAAAAUGAUUUUUUUAUAUCAACUCUGAUUGCUGUUGAGAUUAGCUUCACUUCCGGAGUGUCCGGGAUUUGGUUUUGGAGUGUGUGUAUGUGGGUGGAGGGAGGGUUAUUUUCAGCUGCAGGACUAACAGGACAGUUUGUACCACAUGAGAAGGAAUAUGUUGUAAUAAAUGCUAUUUAUUUUACCCCAAUCUUCAGGUUUCUGUUAGCUUCGAAUCUCUGCCCAGCUGCUAUGCUUCUAUAAGCAGAGAUGGGGUAGUGUUGCUGAUAGUAGUUAACUCCUAAGGAAAACAAGUGAAUUUUUGGAUGACCGCUUCUGGCUAAUGAGGCGGGUAAAAAAAAACAAGGCAAAAAUGAGAAUAGCAUUAACUUUUUUUUUUUGCUUUGUUUAAAUCAACAAGCUGUUGGAUUCUUUUGCUCUUUUUAUCGCUUUCUGUCUACCAUUUUCUGGAGGUGGUCUUCCAUGGGGCCAACUUUGACUUUCAUUAAUUUCAAUGUGAGGGAAGAAAAAAAAAAAAAAAAAAAAACUGUUGUGGAAUGCUACAAUUUUUGUUGUUGUUUUUACCCAGGAUAGCACCAUUGCCCAUUCCAUGCCUUUAUGGAACAAUGCAGUAGAAUUUAAUGUCGGUUUUUCGUGUGUUUUCUUUCCCCACCAUCAUUCUUUCAUCAGGAAUAUACAUUGAGAGUAAUUUCUGUACUGUCAGGUUUCCAUAAUAUAUUUUAUUCUCCCUCUUGUUAAAUUUUAUAGGACUUUCCCAUAAGGGUACCAAAGAAAGAUUGGAAGACAAACACAUUUCAGCUUUGUUAUGCAAAUGGAAUAUGUAUCCUGUGUUUGCAUUUAGCUGCUCUAGAAAUGCUACAGCUUGUUUCCAUACUGCUAGAUUGCUGCACUCCUGGCAUCUUGUGUAGGUGGUGCUUUCCAUGUUUCUCUAUGAACAAUAUAUAGAAUACGUGCUCUGAACAACAACUGUAUGGUGGCUGAGACCUGCUAUGACAUUUGUCUUCAUAAGUCAAAAGCAGUUCCUACUUGUUUGGAAGUGAAACUGCAUUAAAUGCAAUUCUUCCUUAAACCAUUAUGUAUUAUGCAUAAUAUAAGGAGUCUACAUUGCUCCUAUAGAAAGUUAGCACUUAAUUCCUUGUAUCUGUGAGGAAAAGGACCUCAGAUACCUAUUUCAUACUGUUUUCUCAUUGAUCUUGCUGUUCUUUUCCUGCAUGUCUUCUGCAUACUCAUUAUUUUGUUAAUUCAGAAAUUGCCAUGGAAAGAAUCCUCAAUUCUAUAAGUGAACAUUGUCUUUCUUUAUUAGACUUGAGUAAAGCUGCAGAAUUUCCUAAGCAGAAAUCUGCGUAUACAUGCACUGUGUUGUGAACCCCCAGCACAUUUGGUGUGACUUGGAAACGUGAACUACUGCCUACACUGCAUGCAGGUGACCAUACACACAGACCUGUGUACACACAAAUUGACUCCAUCAGGAAGUUCAAUCUGGGACUGCUCUGUGGCCAUAUAUCCUAGGUUAAUUGGUAGUUCAUGCAUUCUUUCAUAGAGAGAAGAUUCUGAAACAAGUUUCUGAGAAUACAAGCCUGCCCAGUAAAAGCUGUACAAGGAGUAGCCUUAGCCUUCAGUGAAUUAAUGUAGUGGUUUCAGUAGUGACCUUUACCAACACAACUUCUAGUUAUGCCAUGCUAUGGGUGAUUUCAGUUGCAUUAAUUGGCACAGAGUUGUAAAUGCAACAUUUAUUACAGGCAUAAAUAAACUACUGAGCAGACUCAAACACCUUCACUUUAAUUAUAGAAACUGCAUUGAUCACAUCUAACUGGGGCUGGUAUUUUAUUGAUGCUUCAAUGCGUUCUAGGCACUAGUUUUAUUUCAACCACUCUUGCUUUUAUUUAUUUAAAAAAAAAAAAGGAGGAAAAAGUACUUCUUGGAUUUACAUUUCUUCUGUGGCUAGUAGUAGUGAUUACUCUUUUGUUGUGAAGCCAUAAGUAAUGCAUAGGCUUCAUACUACUACUUUCAGGGAAGGUCAUUUCCUUUGACCCUAAAUCAUUGAGUUUGGAUUACUAAAAUCAGAAAUUAUUCAAUUUUUAUGGAAACGUGAUCAGUCCCCUUUUUUUUCUGUAAUGGAGAGUAAAUCCAAUAAUAGAAUGAUCCAAGCAAGUGCUGGUCUCCUGCUGGAUAUGGUGGUGAGCCAUCCAGGCAGUUCCUGAAACUGUUAGGCUUGCAUUUGUGAGAUAUACUUUAUUCAUUUGAAAUCUCUUCACACUUCUGUAGAUGAAAUAUUUAACAAAAUACAUCAAAUAGCAAAGGCUGGCUGUAUCACCUUUCCAAUUUUUUUCUGCAUGUAUUUAUCUUCUAAUUAAACAGAUGAGUUUUCUGGAGGAAAUUACACUAAUUUCCACUUAUAGACAGACUUCUAUAGUAAUGUUGACUUACAUUGCCUUGUGUAGGUGUGGUUUCUGUGAGAACAGCUGUUAUCUUGGCAUGGAGAGCUUUGACAGUAAACCUGAGGCACAGCUGGAUUAUCAAGUUAAAUUGUGCAAUUUGAUGGCAAGCUCAGAUGCAGCUGUAGAAUGCAGUUUAGUAGUAUUAAUAAUUAAAUUAUAAAUUGGUGUGAUAAAAUCUAAUAGAUGGUUGUAGUUCCAGUUGAUGCUAGAACAGUGUUAGUUGUAUAGUACUCUUUUUUUCAAUUUUUUUAAGUGCUGAUCUCUUCUUUUCCAUAAGUGUUAGCAAUAAGAGACAAGCUGUCACACUGCAUGGCUGACCUGUGCUUCUCUCCUGUGCGGCUGCUUGUGAGCAGAACACCUGAACCACAGAUUUCCUCACCCAAACUUUAUUUUAAUUAAAAUAAACUCAUUGAGAUUUGGAUGCAGCAGGUCUGGUUUCACCUGCACUGUGAAGAAAGAGCUUUAUGACAUACUUUAUUUAGACAGUCUUUUGAUGAAUCCUGCUUGGCCCUGAAGUUUUGCUGGUGUUUAAAUUAGUGACAGACAGGAGUUGUACUGAAACACAAUGCUUACUUUUAAAAGAUAAAUUCAUUGCAGUUUUCUUAUGCAUACCAGUCCCACUGAAACUGUAGGCACUUAGGGCAGUGCUUUCCUGUCCCCUGAGCCCUACAUUAGGUGAUAGUAAAAUAGGCUGAGCUCAUAUUGUCAGCUUCGCAGCCUGACUUGUAAGUGGUGCAGCACAUCCUUAAGAUUUGGUGGUCUAGGGCUUAGUCCAAAGCAGCUGAAAGUCUUUUGGAGCUACAGCAAGGUGGUAGUUCAGCCAAGUCACUGUUCUGAGAUGCUCUGUUAAAUAAAUAUGGUUUGGGUACAAGAAUGCAUCUUCUUUGUCAGGAUUAAAAUGAUGGGUAAUACUUUAAAAAUAAUAACAAUUAAAAAAAUGGAUAUAUUAUGUUGACUUACUCAUCCAAGUGUCAUGCGAAUUGCUUACUAAGGGUGGAGUUUGCUAAGGUCUAAAGUUACCCUCACAUAGAAGUGCCUGUAUUCUGUUAUUGCCAUUCUUGAGCUUUUUAAGAGAGUCACAGCCAUAUAUUUUAUAAAUAUAAGCAUAUGCACCUUUCGAUCUUUAAAUUUGCAGAACAAAGGUUUACAGAGCAGAAGUGUAGCAAAACCAAUGUACUAGCUUCUGUAAUUCCCCAGUGGGGGAUGGAGAAGUACAAAAAAUGGGGAGGAUCAGACUAUCUGUAUAAGAUGUCUUAAUUUGGCACCAUAUAUUCAUCCAAUUUAGUUCCAUCAAGCUAUGUGGUUAUAAGAGUGCCAGAAAUAUAUCUCUCAAGCCAUUCUAAAUAAAAAGCUCUUUGUGGACCUGUAUAUUCCAUUUGUUUGUAAAACAUUUUUGUGCACUGUAACGAACUUGAAAUGAAACUCAUACCACUGAACAGAGCUCUGUUCAGCUACCUCGACGUAAGGUUGAAGUACUUUGGUUUUUUUCCAGAUUUGUUCACAUUGUCAUAUAAAAUAUUUUUUAAAAAAAUUCAUAGUCCAAAGAUCCUGUAUUUGUUUGUAGAUGUACUUACAAUUAUGUUGUACCAACAAAGUCUGUGUGAAGCAUUGUUUGCUAAUUAAAAUUUUUGUGUUCUUUA